UUUGAUGCAGCUUUAACUUUAUUGCAUGAGGCCAGGCAUAGUUCCCUGCAAAGUAUUAAUGAAGUAUUGGACCAAUCGUUAGUCACCAAUAAUGUUCAAGAAAAUACUAGUAAUAUAAUAAAUGAAUUAACAGUAGAAGAUAAACAUGAUGAAAUGAACAAAAAAGAACGAAUAGAAUAUUCUCCGUCUGAAUCAUCCGAUGCUGAUCUCGAUGCAAGUGGUGGGCUUCAAAGUUCUAAUAAGAUGGUGAAUCUUUCACAAACAUCAAAUGAUCCAGAGUUUG